AUGAAUGUGUUCAAAAAAGAUAAAGACAAACAGAAGCAGAUUCGAGAACAAGCCAUUCUCAAAGUUCAGGAGAAAGAAGCAGACAAAUCUAAAGCCAAAGCUGCCAGGAUUCAACAGGAGAAGAAAUAUGCGCUGGAAACCAUGAUGAAGCUUGAGAACGAGGAGCGGGGCAGGAUUCAGAAGAUGAAGGAUGACGAGUGUGCGAGAGCUACGGCAGAGCUUGAUUUCUGGAGAGAAACGCAGAGAAAGACAGCAGAAGAAAAUGAAAACCGGCAAAAAACACGAGGAACCGGCACGCACGACAACCAACCGGUUUAUCAGAAAACAGAUCCACCUGCUGUCACGCUGAUGCGUAAUACUGGGGACACUACAUCUGGUCAGAGAAGCACAAAACAGAUACCAAAAGAUCUGCCUGCUCCCAGAUCAGCUGGCUGCAUUCAGAUCAGCUUCACACCACGAGUGUUUCCCACCGCGCUGAGAGAGUCUCGUGUCCCGGAGGAGGAAGAGUGGUUGAAGAAGCAGGCGGAGGCCAGGAGAGCAGUGGACACAGAUCUGGCCGAACUGGACGACCUGAGAGAGGAAGAGAGAAACCCAGACUGGCUGAAAGAGAAGGGCGAUAAAUUGUUCAUGGCAGGAAACUACCAGGCUGCCGUCAACGCUUAUAAUCUGGCCAUAAAACUCAACAGGAAGAUCCCGGCUUUAUUUUCUAACCGAGCGGCCUGUCAUCUCAAACUGAGAAAUCUUCACAAAGCCAUUGAGGAUAGCUCUCAGGCCCUUGAGUUACUGAAGCCUGCGGUCGCUGCAAACGCUCCGGCUCGACUGAAGGCUCACGUGAGGCGCGGAACAGCAUUCUGUGAGCUUGAGCUUUAUGUGGAAGGUCUUCAGGACUAUCAGGCGGCUCUAGAAAUCGACCCACACAAUGCAGCCCUGCGAGCUGAUACAGACAAGAUUCGUGAGAUCAUACAAGGCACCACAUGACCAUUUAGCUCCUGAAAAGCUAGGAUCACGGUUGCACCUGUAAUCAGCGCAGAAAUGUACACGAGCGCACAUGAACGUGUUAUGUGUUUAACACUGGUUCCUAAUGUGAAACCACACAUAAAGACUGGUUAUGCUGGAGAAAUGUUUUGAUCAUAUUCUUCU